CUCUACAAUAUCAACGGAAUACAUUCAUAAUGUAUAUUCGUGUUUUCUUUGUCACUGCAAUACUUUUUUACCUGCAAGUAAUCGCCUAUAAACCUGUAGUUAUAAUUCAUGGAGUUAUGACAGGAAAUAGUACAAUGGUGAAUCUAACAAAUGACAUUGUAAAGAGUCACCCUGGUACGAAAGUUUAUGUGACCAAUAGAUUUGGCAGUUGGUCAAGCUUACUUCCAAUGUGGCAUCAGGUAGAAAAAAUUGGAAAGGAUGUUCUAGAGAUAGCCAGUAAUCAUCCCGAAGGAAUUCAUAUCAUUGGUUACUCACAAGGAGGACUUAUAGCAAGAGGUAUUAUAGAAGCGUAUCCCGAUCUCAAUGUGAAAAAGUUCAUCUCGCUGAGCUCACCUCAGGGUGGCCAGUAUGGAACAAAAUUCCUGCACCUCCUCUUCCCCAGCUUGUCAGUAAAGACGGCGUACGAGCUGUUCUACUCAGUGAUGGGCCAAGAGAUAUCAGUGGCCAACUAUUGGAGGGAUCCGCACCAGCCUCUGCUCUAUCUGGACUACAGCUGCUAUCUGCCCUAUAUCAACAACGAGAUAGAGUCUGAAGGCAGUUCUCUAUACAAGACAAAUUUGGAGAAAUUGGAGAAACUUGUCAUGUUUGGGGGACCGGAUGACGGAGUGAUUACGCCUUGGCAAUCCAGCCGUUUUGCUUACUAUGAUGAUAACGAAAACGUGGUAGAACUGUACGAUCAACCUCUAUAUCAAUUCAAUUCUUUGGGAUUGAGAACGUUAAAUGAGACCGGACGACUGAAGGUUGUUGAGUUGGCGGGAGUGUCUCAUUUCGACUGGCAUCUCAAUAAGACUGUUAUUUUUGAUCAUCUUAUACCGGAACUAGAUUAAUCUGUGAUUUAGACAAUAGGGCAAUAAUAAAAAAUGUAUACUUCUUAUUGUUUAUUUUUCAUUUAUACUUGAAAAAAUGUUACAAAUCUCAUCAUUCCUUCAAAACCCUUGUAAAAUCAUCAGCAAAAUAAACAUUCUAAAUUUAUGCCUUCGAAA